AUGAUCCCGCGUCACGCCCAUAAGCGGUCACUCUCUUCGGAGCACCGCGCUCUGGCCCCCGAAAAGACCGUCAUCAAGGCGAAAUCCACCACCAAUCUCACUGAAAUUGCUUCCAAAGCCAAUUCCGACUCGAAAUUCCAUCCCAAGUACGAGGAAAACAGCUUCAACACCUUGCAGGACCCACGAUUGGCCCUCGGCAGAGAGGUUUCACCGUCAACGUCAUCGACUCAUCACCCCGAUUUGAGCAAUGAGGUUGCGGCUUUAAGUGUGAAACUGAUCCAGGCGAUCAACAACCAGACCACGUUGGAUGACAACCUGGUUGCCACGCGGCAGGAGCUGGAGGUAGCUCAGGGUAAGAUCAAAGCCCUGGAGUUCGAAAAUGAGAAACACCGCCGGGAUAUUGAUGAGAAGGUUUACAUCAAAAAAUCCGACUCUGAUCGUGAAAUUAUGCAACUGAAAGCUGCACUCGCGGAGGAGAGGGCCGCACGCGCGGUGGUUGAAAAGGGGAAGAAGACCAUCGAGCAGGAGCUCGAAACCCUUACCGCCGAUCUAUUUGAGGAAGCCAACAAGAUGGUUGCUGCAGCUAAGAUUGAGCGGGAAGCUGUCGAGAAGAAGAACGAGCAAUUGCGCUCGCAAAUCAAAGACACCGAGUCGCUCCUCGCAUCGCAUCAGGAUCAGCUGGCGGAGCUCAAAUCUGUCAUGCAAGGGAUGCACCUGUCUAAAGAGGACGUGGAUACCCGCACGAACGCCUCCACCGCUCCCCCGUCUCCGGCGGGCGCCCCACAAUUGCAGGGGUCAGCCAAGCACGAGUGCGAGGAUGUCGAUAUUGCUGCCACCCCCUGCAUACCCGUGGAAUUGACUCCCGGUCCGUCCUGCAAUUUCCCCGAAAUGAUCCGCAUGGUGUGCCGCACCGAUCUACCCGCCUAUGACGACUUCCGGGAUCUUUUGGUGCUCGCUCGAAACUCGAGCUCGAAGCCUGCCAGCCGCGCCGGUAGUGGCUCAUAUGGAGGCUUGAAUGUGAUGAGCUUGGCUGGUUUCGGUGGCGGAUCUAACUCGAACACUUCAUCGCCCACAAAGGGCUUCACGCACUCUCCCAAUGGGAGUCUAUCGUCGCAAGCCGGCUCGCAUAUUCCUCUGAAGGAUACCCGAUUCUAUAAGCGAGUGUUGGUUGAGGACAUUGAGCCCACACUCAGACUUGACCUCUCCCCGGGAAUUUCGUGGCUUACUCGACGCAAUGUCUUGAGUGGAAUCUGCGAGGGUACUCUUGUCGUGGAGCCCAUGCCAUCAGCGACCAAGGUAUACGAAUUCCCUUGCUCGGUGUGUGGCGAGCGCAGACCAGGAGCUCAGAACGAACGAACACACCGCUUCCGGACAUCGGACAGUGAAACCGCCCAAAGAUACUCCUUAUGUAUUCAAUGCUUGGAGAGGAUUCGAUCCUGCUGCGAGUUCACCGGCUAUCUGCGCCUUAUUCUAGACGGACACGUACGCGCCAAUGACUGUGACGAAGAAAAGGAUGCCUGGGAAGAAACCGUUCACUUGAGAGAGCGGAUGUUCUGGUCUCGGAUUGCUGGCGGCAUUGUUCCACAGUUUGCCCGGCCAGCCGUGUCUGAAACUGAGCCGGCUGAAGUUCCACAAGAUAACUACUUGCAUCCUAUGGAUAACAACUUUGUCGAGCCCAGAAUCGAGGAGAUGAAUCGCGUCAUUGAAGCCGCUCGGCCCAACACAGCAUCGUCUAUGGCAGGCCACUCUCUUCGUUCUUUCGAAAUGGCUACGCCCGUCACACCUGACCUCCCCCAUCUCAACAGGGAUGAUGAGACUUCUGGAGACGAAGCACAGCAAAGACGAGGCUCUGUUGACUCCGACAGCAGUGUCUACGAAGAAGCGACUGCAGACGUACCGGCCGAUCCCGAGGAGCCUGCGGCCGAACAGACCGAGACCGAACAGCCCGUGAUCGAGGAGCCUGUGAUCGAGGAGCCCGAGAUUAAACAGGCCGAGACCGAACAGUCCUCUCCUAACGAAAACCCCAGCACUGAAGUUAACGGUCAGAAAAACGACUAG